UGUUCUGUGCAACAGAAGUGUGCAAGGUCGGAGGCGAAGACAAUGGGUCGACAUCCGCCAAAUACGAACACAGUGACUUCUUAUUACCGUCCCAACAGCCAAGAGUUAUUUUGUCAAGCACAUGACCUUCUCCUUCACAUUACACACCGGACGAACUCAAGGUGGAGUAAUCAAGUCACGUUUCCAGCUAGCCAGAAGCGGAAGUGUCAUAUCCUACCCUCGCCUCCCUGCAUCUCCCCAACAACAAUCACCGACAACUUCACAUCAAACCCCCACAUGAGCGAUGGAAUUCUCUCCAUCAUCUCCAAGCGCUAUCGAUCUAGAGGCCGAGGCAGAGCGCGAGACAAGACGCCAAGCAAUCCAAGAUGGCACGCUCAGCGACGACGAGUGCAUUCUCGAAUUGCACGAGCGUAAGGCUGUUUUCCUUGCCGACGAGGACUGGCUGCCGGAAUGCCGGAGAUACGGGGAGAAGAUCUUCGACCAGGCGAUUGAGCGCGACGUGCAUAUCGCAUUGGAGAGUGGGCAACGCGUGGUUGGCGUGUUGCACUUGGUUCUCGUGCAUAUCGGUGGCCUCUACUACGACAAUGAGCGGCUCAAAUUCAAGAGUGCUCCUAACGCAGGUGCCGAGAGUGUCGCAAAUAUGGGACCGAUGAUAGAAGGGGUGACAAACAAGAUUGACAAUGACAUCUCACGUGAGAGUGAGGCAGAAAUCAUCGCCAUAUCCUCGGAGGGUGAGACUGAGGAUGACGACGACAGCGACAUACUCAGUGAGAAGGAAAGUAUGCACGUCCCCGAAGUGAUUCCGGAGCAAGACGAACAUACUACAAGGCUCAACGCUGCUAUCGCCGCCCGCAGAAAGAGGAGGCAGCUUACGCACGGCGCAUCGGGAUUUGGAGAUUCGCCAAUAUCGCGGCGGUCACGAAGCGCCGUUCCAGAUUACCAUGCUGUAUCGUCGCCAGCCACACAACGAUCACGGAGCGUUUUCACAGAUGUCGAAGAGCUGGUGAGUAUUGCUCACAGCCCAUCUGCGAUUUCAGCAGCGCGACGCUCGCGAAACCUUGUUCCAGACGCUGAAGACGAGUUUGAUGUCACUUACAUCCCUUCUCCACCACCUCAGCUCCCCUCAUCUCCUCAGAUGGUGCCUGAGGUAGCGAAAGCCGCAACUCGAAACAUACGGCAGCCAGCAAGCGAUGAGACAGCGGACGAUGCGGCACGUAGCCCAAUACUAUCCUCUCAAGUGCUACUUUCCCCACAAGAGCAACUACAGACUCCUCCCAGCUUCCUAGAUGCCUUGCAAGUACCUGCACAUUCUGCACAGUCUCGCAAGCGUUCGGAGCCCUCGCCUAAUCCCCCAGCUCCUUUGUUUGUCGGCGGCCCGGGUAACAAACAAGGCCACAACAGACGAUCUGUCCUCCGUGUACAGCAAACACGGUCCUUAGCAAUAGCCCCACCUUCGGAUGCUCCCCGGAAGAAGCGAAAGAUCGCCACAUCAAAGGGCCCAAAACAAGCUCCAUCUCGUGCAACAACACGGCGACGUACAAGGGUCACGCAGAAGCAGGUGGAGAUUGCAGACUCUCAAGAUAGCGACAGCGACAUCGAUGUCGAAAUGCCCCUUCGCCCCCUCGAAAAAAAGUCCCGCACCACAUCUCCUCGCAUCCCAACCUCUAAGUCCAACGCUCCAGACGUCCACAAAACAGCCGCGUCUUCCGCCGUACCCUCAGCCAAGGCGUUUACCUUCCUGCCCCUCCCCACCUUGACCCCACGCGAUCACGCCCCCUUCCGAAAAGGCGCAGAGAUCGCACUCGACAACAUUCUCAGCGAUCACGUCGAGAACCCGGAUGAUAGUCUGGUUGAGAUCAUUGAGGAGUUGGAGGAAAACCAGCCGGCGGUGGAUGGUUGGGAGAGGAAGACGAUUGUGAAGGGGAAUAUGUGGGUUUGCACGGCUUUGAGGCAGGCUCUGGGUAAGUUUGGGAAGCAGAAGCAGGUUGAUGUUGAGGAGCUGUUGGGACAGUUGGGUAAAUGGAUGGAGAAGGGGUUGAAGGGCCGUUGAUGGGUAGGGAGAGGGGAGGUAGAAAGGUUAUCGAGCUUGGGCGUGUGAUGUCGAUAUGUUUUGCUGUCGAUAUGGUACGAAAAUAGUGUGAUAAUGGGAGAGUUUUCUGGUUAUCGUUCGAUGUAUAUCCUGACGCGAAAUGCCAG